CUGCUUUGUCGGCCAUUAAUAAAGAAACUACAACUAAAGAGAAAACGCGAAAAGAAGGCGAUGGCGAGCAAUUAAACAAAAUGCUCAGCCAAUGUGCAGUGAAGUGUUGAAGUGAGCUACGGAAAUUAUAACCAAAGUGGCAACAGAAAGUCAACAAAUACAUCUUUCCAACACACACAAAUCUUGUGCAGCUUUGCAAGGCAGCUAAGACGUCGUCUACAUACAGGGUGUAGCAACGAUUACGAUUACCUGUACUGUUUUGCAAUCAAUACGAAUCGAACAGCAGCAGAGACAUUUAAAGUCCAGCUAGCGCGCACAGGCAGCACAGAUGUCCAGCGAAGAGGAUAAACCACCAGCGCCGCCAGUGCGUCUCACCAGUAAUCGUGGCGGCGUUGGCGUCGAUCGUGUGCCCAUGACGGCAAGUGGCGGCGGCGGCGGCGUUGGCGAUGUGCCGCCAGUCGAUAUGCGUCCAUUACCCAAGGAGCCCGACGAUGCGGAUCGCAAAAAGAAGACGCUAAAGAACAAAAUCAAAGGCUCCAAACCAUCGCAUACGGACUCCAAACCAAAUAUAUCGUAUCCCACAAACUUUGAGCAUACCGUGCACGUCGGCUUCGAUGCAGUCACGGGCGAGUUUACGGGUAUGCCGGAGGCAUGGGCGCGUCUCUUGAUGAACUCCAACAUCAGCAAACAGGAGCAGAAGAAGAAUCCCCAGGCAGUGCUCGAUGUGCUCAAGUGGUUCGACAAUACAACCAAACAGAGACCUAGCUCCAAGUACAUGACAAAUGCCAUAACGACGCAUUCAGGAUCAUCGCUAAGUCGCGUCAGCAGCAGCAGUCCAAGCAGCACACCGACGGACUCGGAACUUCAUGGCUCCAACAGUGGUGGCAAUUUGAUUGGAGUGCAACUGGGCAGCAUGACCUUGGGUCCCAAUGCCAACAACGUGAGUGCUGCUGGUCAACUCUUGAGCAAUCAUUACCAGCAACAACAGCAGCAUCUGUUACACCAGCAACAUUUGCAGCAACAGCAGCUGCUGCAUCAGCAACAGUUGCAGCAACAGCAGCAGCAUCAUCACAUUGGUGGCCUAAGUCAAUCGCAUUCGUACAACUUUGUCGGCCAUACUGUCUCCUCAUCCGCAUCACAGCAUUCAUCUAUCAAUGAGGAUGAUAUGUUGGGUACAGCAUUGCCGCAACAGCAGCAGCCACCACCGCCGCCAGUUGCCUCCCGACCCGAGCGUACAAAGUCCAUAUACACGCGACCCAUUGAGGAACUGCAUCCAGUGCCAAUGCCAGCGGCACCAGCAACAACGCCCACGACGCCACUACAAAAUAACCAUAAGGCUACAGCAGUCGUGUCGCCGCUGCUUAACAAUGCCACAACGACGCUGGACAAGAACAAAAACAAUGCGAAUCUGUACCAUGAUCCGGCGGCCAAUAAUCUAAAUGCCAGCGCAUUGACGGCGCCCACGGCGGGCACACAAAUCGCAAUGCCACAGGCAGCGCUUGCCCCAGCAGCAGCGACAACAGCAACAACAACCACAACGACGACAACGGCCACAAGAGCAGCCAAUGCAAAGAAAAAGAAAAUGUCCGACGAGGAAAUCUUAGAAAAACUGCGCACCAUUGUCUCUGUCGGCGAUCCCAAUCGCAAGUACACCAAGAUGGAGAAAAUUGGCCAAGGCGCAUCGGGCACCGUUUAUACGGCCAUUGAAUCCUCGACGGGCAUGGAGGUGGCCAUCAAGCAAAUGAACUUGUCCCAGCAGCCCAAAAAGGAGCUCAUCAUCAAUGAGAUUCUGGUGAUGCGAGAAAACAAGCACGCCAAUGUUGUCAACUAUCUGGACAGCUAUUUGGUAUCGGAGGAGCUGUGGGUGGUCAUGGAGUAUCUGCCAGGUGGCUCGCUCACCGAUGUUGUUACCGAGACCUGCAUGGAUGAGGGACAGAUUGCAGCCGUGUGCCGUGAAGUGCUACAAGCCUUGGAGUUCUUGCACGCCAAUCAGGUCAUCCAUCGCGAUAUUAAGAGCGACAACAUACUGCUAGGUCUGGAUGGAUCUGUCAAGCUGACUGAUUUUGGUUUCUGUGCACAAAUCUCGCCGGAGCAAUCCAAGCGCACGACUAUGGUUGGCACACCAUAUUGGAUGGCGCCAGAAGUAGUUACACGCAAACAAUACGGACCUAAGGUGGACUUGUGGUCGCUGGGCAUAAUGGCCAUAGAAAUGGUCGAAGGUGAGCCGCCGUACUUGAAUGAGAAUCCGCUCAAAGCCCUGUACCUCAUUGCCACAAAUGGCAAGCCGGAGAUUAAGGAAAAAGACAAGCUGUCCGCAGCAUUUCAAGAUUUUCUAGAUCAGUGUCUAGAAGUGGAGGUGGAGCGACGCGCCAGCGCCAUGGAUCUUCUAAAGCAUCCGUUCUUAAAAUUGGCGCGUCCUUUGGCUAGUCUGACGCCUUUGAUUAUGGCCGCCAAAGAGGCAACUAAGGGCAACUGAUCGACAACUAAAAAGCAGCAGCUUAUUUAGCCAUUACUAAUGAAAUACUAUUGCAGCAGGCAACAGAAACCACAAUAACAAUAACAUUAACACCAAGAAGAACAAGAGGAAGAACAACAACAAUAGCAAACAAUAACAGUUGAUGAAUUAUUAGUGAUUAUAAUUAUUUAUAUGAACGUAUUU